AUGGUUAUAUGUUUGGACGAUGGUUGGUAUAUUAGUGUUAUGGAAGUGAAUUCUUGGAAGGAGAAUUACUCCAAGAACCCAGUGUUUACUGAGAUUUAUAUCUCACCCCUUUUAGGAUAUGUUUCAGACAAUGCGGCUGUGAAGACCUCCAAACCACAAUAUUGCUGGCUGCAAUUGAUUGUUGACAAUUUAAAACCAUGUCCUUGUGUAUUAACAAGCUUUAGUCUCUUCUCUUAUACGUUUACUUUUCUGAUACUGAAGGACUUGGUCUUGAAGGGAUCAUUAAGUGGCAACAGAAACAAUCAGUUGGAUUGGCUGAUCAGAACACUGGAAGCAAACAGUAGCAAUUGGCGCAUUGUUAUUGGAUACCAACAGCUGAAAAAACCCUAUUCAGUUUUUCUAAAUGGGAAUUCUGUCUUUAGCAGAGAAUUGGCUAAUGGAUUCCUUCUUCACCGAGUCAGCUCGGUGCAAAUUGUAACCUACUAUAUAAAUUUAGUUGGUGAAGUUGCUUACAAAACUGUGCUCCAACAGAAGGGUAGAGAGGCCAUGUAA